AACUUCUGUUUCGAAACCAUCAACCAAUGACUCUUCAUCCACAAACUUCAAUGAUGCACUCUCGCAAAUUAGAGACGGUGACCCUGCUGUUCAAGAAAAUUCUGAAGAAACAGUUAAUAGUCACGAUGAUGAUUCCGAUUAA